CCUGUCGGUGUCAGAAAGGCAACUUCACCAUAUUUAGCUGGCUUACCGAAGCCCCGCAGAGUUGAUCUGUCAACCAGACUGGAAACCCUGACACUUCUCGGCGGACACUGCCCGGUGUUGACAGCUUUAUUCUAGCACCGGGACACAAACUACAGGAGGACGACGUCGCUGGGAUAUGGUGCUCGAGAGACGGGGCCGUGUCAACGGCUGUUUUUGACGCGAUAAAAGUAGCCGUCGUCUGUCAGAAUUCCAACUAUCCAGCAGCCGAGCUAGCCUGUUAGCUAAUUACUGUAGCUACACCAACGGUCGCUGUGCAGAAGACACGAAUUUAUGUCGUCUCUGUCCAUGUUCAUCUUUCAGUAGGAAUUCAUUUGGACUCCGUGACCCCGCUGUGAUGAUAUCCUGACAGUUCCUCCCGUCCGUCCCUACCACUUUCCUAAAGCCUGGCUAGCGAGCUAACUUGGCUAACUAGCAGGUUUUCACUGCCACAGCGUCGCGUUGAGCAACCAGUAGCUUUCGCCGUGGCAGUGAAAUCGGAUUAGGUACGCUGACCGUGUGCGAGCGGCGGUGUGCGGGGACGGGGACGCUGAGGACCCCCGGUCGGCGACACGACCGUACCGUAGGGCCGCUGUAGACAGUCUGCAGGGAGAGGAGCUAGCAGAGACCAGGACACUCGGCCAUUCAGCGCAGCAGAGGCUGUGCACUGCCGAAGGAGACACCGGAUUGAACGGAGGAAGAGUCCCAAACCUUUGACUACUGUGAUCCGGGAAGUGAACCGGGCAGAGACCUCAUGAAUGGAAAUCGGAACUACAGGAGCCGUUGGGGCCCAGUCCCUGUUCGCCAUGCCUCGGCGGCCUGGCUAUGGCACCAUGGGGAAGCCCAUCAAGCUGCUGGCCAACUGCUUCCAGGUGGAGAUCCCCAAGAUGGAUGUCUACCUCUACGAGGUGGACAUCAAGCCUGACAAGUGUCCCCGGCGAGUCAACAGGGAGGUGGUUGACUCAAUGGUGCAGCAUUUUAAGGUGACAAUCUUCGGGGAUCGCAGGCCAGUCUAUGAUGGAAAGAGGAGCCUGUACACAGCCAACCCACUGCCUGUGGCCCCUGCAGGGGUGGACCUGGACGUCACUCUGCCAGGUGAGGGAGGGAAAGAUCGACCCUUCAAGGUGUCCAUCAAGUUUGUGUCUUUGGUCAGCUGGCACAUGCUCCAUGAGGUGCUGACUGGCCGCAGCAUGCCUGAUCCCCUGGAGCUGGACAAGCCUAUCAGCACCAACCCUGUGCACGCAGUGGAUGUGGUGCUGCGACACCUGCCCUCCAUGAAGUACACUCCAGUGGGUCGAUCCUUCUUCUCAGCUCCAGAGGGCUAUGACCAUCCCCUGGGAGGUGGGAGAGAGGUUUGGUUCGGCUUUCAUCAAUCUGUGCGGCCUGCCAUGUGGAAGAUGAUGCUUAACAUUGAUGUGUCUGCCACCGCCUUCUACAAGGCUCAGCCAGUCAUCCAGUUCAUGUGUGAAGUGCUGGACAUCCACAACAUAGACGAGCAGCCUCGCCCUCUCACAGACUCGCACCGGGUCAAAUUCACCAAAGAAAUCAAAGGUUUGAAGGUGGAGGUGACGCACUGUGGAACCAUGCGGAGGAAGUACCGCGUCUGCAACGUGACCCGUCGGCCUGCCAGCCAUCAAACGUUCCCGCUACAGUUGGAAAACGGUCAGACUGUAGAGCGCACUGUAGCCCAGUACUUCAGGGAGAAGUACAACCUGCAGCUUAAGUACCCACAUUUGCCCUGUCUACAAGUGGGCCAGGAGCAAAAGCACACCUACCUGCCCCUGGAGGUGUGUAACAUUGUAGCUGGUCAACGGUGCAUCAAGAAACUGACAGAUAAUCAGACCUCCACUAUGAUCAAAGCCACAGCUCGCUCUGCACCCGACAGGCAGGAGGAGAUCAGCAGGCUGGUACGCAGUGCCAACUACGAGGCAGAUCCUUUUGUGCAGGAAUUCCAGUUCAAGGUGCGCGACGAGAUGGCCCACGUGACGGGGCGAGUGCUACCCGCCCCCAUGCUGCAGUACGGCGGCAGGGUGAGCACAGAGCACUUUAUGAACCGCACGGUAGCCACGCCCAGCCACGGGGUGUGGGACAUGAGGGGGAAGCAGUUCCACACCGGGGUGGAGAUCAAGAUGUGGGCCAUCGCCUGCUUUGCCACACAGAGGCAGUGUCGGGAAGAAAUACUAAAGGGUUUCACAGACCAGCUACGCAAGAUCUCUAAGGAUGCUGGGAUGCCCAUCCAGGGCCAGCCAUGUUUCUGUAAAUACGCCCAGGGAGCGGACAGCGUGGAGCCCAUGUUCAGACACCUGAAGAACACCUACGCCGGACUGCAGCUCAUCAUCGUCAUUCUGCCGGGAAAGACUCCUGUCUAUGCGGAGGUAAAGCGUGUGGGGGACACCCUCUUGGGCAUGGCCACGCAGUGCGUCCAGGUGAAGAACGUGGUGAAGACGUCACCUCAGACCCUCUCCAACCUCUGCCUCAAGAUCAAUGUGAAGCUGGGAGGCAUCAAUAACAUUCUGGUCCCUCACCAACGACCAUCAGUGUUUCAGCAGCCAGUUAUCUUCUUGGGAGCAGACGUUACACACCCACCUGCUGGAGAUGGGAAGAAGCCUUCAAUUGCAGCAGUGGUAGGCAGUAUGGACGCCCACCCCAGCAGGUACUGUGCCACUGUGCGGGUCCAGAGGCCGAGGCAGGAGGUCAUUCAGGACUUGGCCUCCAUGGUGCGGGAGCUGCUCAUCCAGUUCUACAAGUCGACCCGCUACAAGCCCACCAGGAUCAUUUUCUACAGGGAUGGAGUUUCAGAAGGCCAGUUCAGACAGGUGCUGUAUUAUGAGCUGCUGGCCAUUCGUGAGGCCUGCAUCAGCCUGGAGAAGGAGUACCAGCCAGGCAUCACCUACAUUGUUGUGCAAAAACGCCACCAUACACGCCUCUUCUGUGCCGACCGCAACGAGAGAGUUGGACGCAGUGGAAACAUUCCUGCUGGUACUACCGUGGAUACGGACAUCACGCACCCCUACGAGUUUGACUUUUACCUCUGCAGUCACGCUGGAAUACAGGGCACCAGUCGGCCCUCCCAUUACCAUGUACUGUGGGACGACAAUUGUUUCACCGCUGACGAGUUCCAGCUGCUCACCUACCAGUUGUGCCACACCUACGUGCGCUGUACCCGCUCAGUCUCCAUCCCUGCGCCAGCCUACUAUGCCCACCUGGUGGCCUUCCGUGCCCGCUACCAUCUGGUGGACAAAGAACAUGACAGCGCUGAGGGCAGCCAUGUGUCUGGUCAGAGUAACGGUCGGGACCCCCAGGCGCUGGCCAAAGCUGUUCAGAUUCACCACGACACCCUGAGGACCAUGUACUUCGCCUGAGCUACACCAACCCUUCCCAACCAUUGCCACCCUUUUACAUAAACACAAACACACACAGACACAACCAUGCACACCUGGCUUGCCAGUCAAGGAGUCCUCAUAUGUGCAAGUCCCGCCACCCCCCCCACGCCUAGUCAAUCCGGACCUGACACUGUGCAGAGGAGCAGGGAGGAGGGAGGGGAGGAGGCACCCCCACACUGGACUGAGGAUGCAAACGCUGCUUUAAAAACAAACAAGAGAGAAACUCAGCACUAUUAUGCAAUAUUAAACCAGCCAACUAGUUUAUUUCCACCCUUAUCAGGCCCCCUUCUCAUUGCCCCUCCUAUCUGUUCUUUCCUGUUUGUCUCCUUUACUUGUGGCCUAGUGGGUGUUUUUCUCCUUUGUUUUACUCUUCCCUGCCUUUGGCACAGUUCUUCUUUAUAAUCUACUAACCUGCUCCUUUGCCAUCUCCAGUACCUCAAGUCAGUUUGAGCAGCAGCACUUUUACAUUCUGUCGACUCUCCCCAGUGUUUGAAACGAGGGAGCAGAGGAGGAAGGGUCCGACUCUGGAGCUGUUGUGUUGGUGUGUCAUUGGACCAGAGGUCCUCCCAGUUGCCACUUUUAUUUUUUAUUUUCCCUCUUAUUUCCUCUGUUCUGUCACUUUUUCACUAGUGUGUGAAAUCACCAGGUUCUUGUAUGGAGCAACAUGUUCUUUUGAGCACACUGCCACCUGUUGGCGACGAGGUAUAAAUGCCCCUUUAAAGUCACAACAAGAAGUUGUUGUCUUCUAAGGUUUCAGAUCAGUUUUGAUUUAUCUUUAGCAGUCAGCUGUCACAGACAAACAGGGGCAGUUUAUAUUGGCUGAUAUAUCAAUUGCAGCCAUCUAUGGAUUUUAUUUAAAGUAUAACACUGUUAUUUGAUUCUAGUUGUUAUUUUUCUUCUACCUUAUGUGAAACAUUUUACGAUUAUGACUUCUUUUUUUUUUUUUAAUCAUUUAAAUCAUGUAAGCUCAUGUUUUUAAUCUUGGUAGUCGUCAUGCAUUCAUUUCCCUCAGUGCUUUAUCUCACGUUUCCCUCUCGAGUUUGAGAUGGUGGGUAAAAAGAGAUCACGUCGAUGGUUUCCUCUAGUGCAAUAAUCAGUUGAACGAAGGGAAGUGGAUUUUAGGGGACUUCAAUGAUUCAAACGAACAGUUAGACAUUUCAUUUGAAAGUGAGUGUCCUCGAAAGGCGAACGGUUUGCCACUUGUCAGGCACUUUCAUGUAUUGCUCCUCUGUGAGACGAUUGAUCAGCAUGUUUUAUGAGUUUGCCCUUGCUGUUGGGCAAAAAUGGUGCAACUGCAGUUUUGGUGAUUUUCAUGUUUUUACUUGAAUUGAAGGAUUUUAUGCGCCUCUGUGGUUCGAGAAUACUUUAUCAUCAACGGGCAUAAUUUCAGAAUUCCUGAUCCUCAGUUUGCUAAUGAGGCUGAUUUACUUAAUUCCUAAGAGUAACAAAGGUUUUUGCCUCACGGCAGCAAAGUUGAGUGUAAAGGCCAUAAAGAGGUAGUAUUCAAGUGCCUGGUGGAAGUUAAGUGUUAAAUGGUCAAAAGCUGCAUACGAUCCUAUUGCAGUGGGGUGAAAUAAUCCAGAAGCAUAUUCCAACAAAUGGACAGCAUAAGAUGGUUUAAAGCAAGAAAGUUUCACCCGAUGCCUCUUAUUCUCCAGGACCUUUCUGUACAUCUCAUUCAAAUCAUCCUAAGAUGAAUAUAUUUAUUGUGUUUGCCUAUACAGCAGUGUUAGCUGUUGGCUUUGCUUCGGAGCAGCGUACAAGCAAAGCAGGCUGAGUCGUCUUUUUGCUUAAUCUUCACCAGACAUGGAUCCAGCUGCUACAGUGUGUUUGUACCUAAAAGGCCGGGUUCAUGGGCACGGAGUCAGCCUCGUCGUAAACUAAUUAUUUCAAUAAUCUUUUAGUAGAAAUCCUGCGUCCAGGACUAGGUUUGAUUCCUGUCCAUGAAACCGGCCCAAAGUUGUGACUUGCUUUAGAACAGCGCGGAGGAGUUAAGUUAGUGACCAGUAUUUGCAGCAGAUGUAGAGCUGACUCUUGAUAUGACAUGUGCGUCUGGAUUGUAGUUGCAACUUAGCUCCUCUGUGCCGCUGAAGCUGGUCUGGGGGGUGUUUUUAAAAGUAAUCUGCACUAAAAGAAGCUGUGUUUCGGGACUGAACACAGGUGUGGUGCUACUCUGUCUGAAUUAGAAUCUGAAGCUGAACCUCUAUAUGAGACUCUAGAUGAGGAGGUGGGUAGGGAAGCAGAAAAAAAAAACGGUAAACCUCACUCACUUACGGACGGGAGAAGGUCCCACUGCUAUAGUUGGUGCUGGAGAUUUAGAAUUUCACUCGGUAGAUACGAUCAGCAUUGAAAACCUAUAAACGGUACAGUGGCAGGUGUGCCCUCGGACUGUGAGGUAUAACGUCGGGUCGUGCAUCCGCUGUUGCAUUCGACUGCCUUUUACAGGCUAGCCUUCCAGCAUGGAAGCCCGUGGUUGUGGGUUUGAGCCUUCAUGAUUUCACUAGUGUCUGAAAGCCUUUUUAAAAGCCAGAUCGAAAGUAUAUUUGUACAUUUUAAAUUAUGUAAUGCACACCACUUAUUUUUGCUAACAGAAAAAAAGUAGUCUAAUUAUUAAUCUUAGUAAUAAAUGUAUCAUAAUAAGUAAUGGUUAAAAAGGUAUAAUAACAAAGUUUUAUUAUUGCAAUAGACUGUUGACUUGUUCCUGUGUCACUGUAUAGUUUAUGUGUGAACAGUUGUGGGGUUGUUGAAACUAGUGACGUGUGUUUGGACUGUCAUACUGUUAUUGAUAGGGAUGUGGACUUAAACCGCCUCUUGCUUUGGUGUUUGGAAAAAAAAAGCUGCAAGAUGUUAAAUGCUUAUUUCUCACCUUUUUUUGUGUACAUGCUCGUACAGUCGGAGGUUUGUCGUAGAGGAGAGAACCUAGAGAGAGAAAAUAUUACAUACUGUACUCUGAAAGAUUUCGUAUGAAGACGUUGCGUCUCUAUUGUGACGACAAACGGUGGCAUAGAAGAAGAGUCGACUGAUGUAUUGAGUUUCUGCUCUCGAAUGUUCACUACAACUGAUGCUGACGGCUGCUCCUUAUCAGGAAGGAGAGUGAAAAGGAACGUGGUUUUGAAAGUGUUGUUGAUCCAUUUCAAGGACAUGUGUGAUCAAAGAAUAUCGUAACAAGGGGUUGUAGUUCUCUAUUCCUUUGUGUUAUAGCCUCGGGGGGGAUUUACGUCGCAUCGCAACCUCUGUUGCUUUCCUCAGACUCCUCUCCUUACACGAGCCACUUCAUGUGCUCGCAAACACAAAGAGUUACCCUCCCGGUAAAUCUGCGGUGUGACAAAGCCUGUAAUCUCAUUGUUGCUCUCGUUCCCCUUCGAUCACGAACAUUUACUCCCCUGUGCCAGAGGACUACAUUCCUAGGCAGUACAAUCCCAUCCGACCCCCCUUGGAGGUGUGAAAAAGAUUAGAGCUGAAGGACAGUGGGGUCCGGUCAGUAAGAUACAGUGGGUUCUGUUUUUCAUCAAGUAUGUGUGUUUUAGACAGAAUCAAAGCGGAACGACGAUAACUGUAUGUGGCAGGUUUUGUUGGAAGUUGAACAAGUCUGGAGGUUGAUUGCGAGAAUCCAUUUAUAACUAUCUCCGCUGACGGUAAUGGAUGUUCAGUUUGUGUAUAAACUACGCUCUCGACGGCAGUUGAACACAUGUUUACAUAGCAGAUGUGUUUGCCUCGCUUACAACUGAAAUGUCAUCAGCUCUGCUUUGCAAAUAUCAGCCAGUAGAGAAGUGACCUAACAUGAGCAAGACCAUUUGGAGCGGAACGCUCGAAGGGAUAUGAAGACAUUGUUUAUUUGCUCAAUUUGUCCUCAGCAGACAUCUGUGUUACACAGCGGGGGAACAGACUUGUUUGUCCUCGCACUUCUAUUAAAAUGACUUGUUAGACGUGAUUGAAAUGAAAGGGUACGCUCAGCUCACAGCCCGCUGUGGCCUUUGGCUCUCAAUUAGGAUUGCUAACAAUACAGACAAGUGUUUUUAUGGAAGCUGAGGAACAAACUUCGAUACCCGCAAAGUGACAACUGUCUGGUGAAGAAAAAUAGCCAAAUUAGCUCCAAAAAGGUCAAUGUCUCCCUCUUUAAGUGGAAGUGAAGGUGUGUUCCAUUUCGAGUAAUCGGUCAAUAUUCCUGGUUUUGGUUGCUCUCUGUUUGCAGUGGAAGGUAGCAAUGGAGUGAGAUAAAAGUCCACAGAAAGUGCCUUUCCUCUUGAUGGUGCUGUAAAUUGAAAGAUAAAAUGUAAAAUCAAAGAAACAGAAUCUCCUUUUCAAGAAAACAUUGCAGUGCAGGAGCGGCUGCAUUUACACACACUCACUGUUUGUUUCUUAGAGAGGGCGAUGCAAACUCAUGUUUCAUGUAUUUAGACAUUAAGCCUACAUAGAAAUAGAAUAUAUGCCAAGUAUAUGGUUGUGGUUGAGCUUUUCGCUUCCUGGUGCAUUUAGUGUCUUGGACCAAUGGUGUCGUUGGUACAGUGGAAUGUGUG